AUGGGUAUAUGUUCUAAUUGUUCCUCUGGGGAUUUUGCGGAAGACACAGCACAAGGAGCUGUCUACUGCACAGUGUGUGGUAUGGUUCAGGAGGAGAACGCAAUUGUUGCAUCUCUGAACUUCAACACAGAGGGACCGAAAGCCACAUUGAACGGGCAGAUUGUCGGGAUGGAUUCCCGAAAUGUGGGGACCGGAUUUGUUGAUUCCAGUUACUACAUCAAAAACACAAUAAGCGGUAUAUGUGCAUCUCUGGGGCUUGGGGUUGACCACGUGGAAUGCUCGUUCAGGUGGUACAAGCUUCUUCUCCAGUACAAUCUAAGCAAGGGGAAAUCGAUUUUGUACACUCUGAGUGCCUGCAUAUACAUUGUCUGCAGACAGGAGAGGACACCACACAUGCUGAUGGAUUUUUCGAAUGCACUGCAUAUCGAUGUGUUUAAGAUAGGAAAGAGUUUUCUGAAGAUAACAAACAUGCUUGGAAUUGACAUUCCGUUGAUCGAUCCAUCUCUGUAUAUGCCACGGUUUGUGUCUCGGCUGCGGUUUGAAAGCACCGAGGUGCUGGGGCUUUCCCUAAGGCUGAUAAGCAGGAUGAAGAGGGACUGGAUUGUUGUUGGAAGAAGGCCAAACAACUUGUGCGGAGCAGCACUCCUGAUUGCAUCUCGGAUAGUGGGAGAGGAGAGAAGUAUAUACGAGAUAGCAAAGAUAGUCCAUGUCUCUGUGAGUACAAUCAACAAGAGGCUGAAGGAGAUAGGAGAUACAGAGAGUGCCAACCUUAGUAUCGAGGAGUUCAAUGCAACAUGGAUUGAGAAGGAGGAGGAUCCGCCUGCAGUUAAGAUGAAGAGAAUGGAGAUGGCAAAGAAGCAGGAGUGUGAGUCGGGAAGUAGCGAGGUGAUUCCUUAUUCGACACCACAGAGCAGUGUGGACAGCGAAAUUCUCUCUGACUCCGAGGAGAUCGAGAGGAACAUCCUUUCGCCUGAGGAGACCAAGAGAAGGGAGAUUGUCUGGGAAGAGAUGUAUGGAGAGUUCAUGAGAGAGCGAGAGAAGAGGACGAAAAGUAGUGUCAAAAAGGGGAAGAGAAGAAGAAAAAACGAGGAGUUUGGAUCUAUUGUUGAGGCGUUCAGAAGUUUGGACAAAAGGAUUUCCGGAAAGUUGAACUACCAAGCAAUCGAAAGCAUUUUUGAUAAGCUGUAA